AUUAUUAAGUAUGUACAAUGUAUUAGUUUGAAAUUUAUUGACUUGUGCUUAAUAUGCCAUGUUGUAAUCUUUCCAGCAAAGACGUUACAUGGUUGUGUGUCCAGUAUCCCUGAAAAUGUUGUAAGAAAAGCUGUUGUUCAUUUCUCAUGGCUUGGGGAUAUUGUGUUGGUGAUGUUACCAGGGUAUUUUGUACAUCUUCUAAAUGUUGGUAUGGAGUUCGAACCUUGCAACCAUAUUUUCCUUCAUAGUAAAACAUUUGGAGACAGUUAUUCAAAGCAAACAAAAGAUGACCAUCCUGCAGACAAAGUGUCACAUGAUCAACCAGCAGACCAAUCAGCUUCCAGUAUUCCAGUUUCUUCUUUAGAAGCAGAUUCAUCACUUCCUGUAAUGAGCCUAAUGGCAGAAAAUCUUGUGUUCUCAUCAAAUUCCUCCUUGAUUACGCUUGGACAUGAAUCAUCAGGAAACUACAUUUUAGAAAGGACAUCUGGUGCUAUGUACAAGAUACAUUUGAACUUGGCUAGCUUGAUCCACAUGUUUACAAAUUGUUACAUGCCAAUGACAAGAUCUUCCAUCCUGCACUAUAUCAUACUCCGACAUAGGGAUUUUAUACUCUUAAAACAGUUAUUUAUGGUAUUGUGUAAUGAUAUACCUAGUCCUGAGGUGCCUCAUCUUAUGACAGAAUUUUUAAUUGCAAUGACUUAUUCUGGAAUGAGACGUCAAAUAGACCGAGAGGUGUUACGUCUGCUGCCAUUUACAAACACAGAACCAUUCCGUGGACAGAUUGAUAAGACUGCUGAAGGAGAUCGACUAGCCAGGGUGUCAUAUUCUGCCAUACACAGCGUCAACAUUGGAACCAAGUCUGCAAAGGAGCGUCAGCAGCGUCGAGGUAUCGUUGGAGAUGAUUGGCUGGAUAUGUUGCGGCGUCAUUUACGAUGGAUGCAGAUUAGUAAAUCAAGACGGUUCUCACUGGAUACAGUGAAGCAGACGUACACACAGAUGCAAGCAGAAGAGGAAAAGCGCCUUCAAACCAAAGAGGAAGGAAAUUUUCUGUCAGAGUUUAGAAUUCAUAAAGCUAAACCAAGAAAAGAAAGGCCAGAUAAUGUUAGUAACUAUGGUACCAAGACAGAAGGAAUUCUGGGUACACCGCCAUCGUUUCUACAAGGUUCGUCAGUCACUGAAGCCUCGGAAACUUGUAUGUCUCUG